AUAUGAUGUAGGAGGAGUUAUAUUAAUAAGAUGACUAUGAUGGUGGCUAUGAAUACCUUACAGAUUCAGGCUAAAUAGAUUAUAUACCAAAUUUGGUUCGAACUCCAUCCACUAAGUAUUUAAUUAUGCUAUUUUAAAGUUAAGAAAUUCUGGAAUUAAAAGAUGUGACGAAAUUUAUAGAUCAAUUGAUUGGCAACAUUGGAGAGUUACUGAAUUUGGAUGCCGACAAUACAUACGAAGUAUCAAAAUUUUUAAUUUAAUUUAGAUCUUAAUGUUUUAUAAAUGGAACAAGGACCGCAUUUACGCUGAAUACCACGAGACAAUUUUGGAAUAAUUAAAAAACUAAGGAGUAUUUAACAACCACUCAGCAAUUUGUUAUCCAGACAAAAUCUCUAUGUGUCCCCUUUGUAUGGAAGAAACUAAAUUAAUUCAACUAGGGUGUCGACAUUAAUUUUGCAAAGGCUGCAUUUAACAAACAAUCGCUUAAAGAUUUAUCAAAGAAUAAUUUUUAGUUAUCCCUUGUUUAUAGUAUGGUUGUAAAUAUAAAUUACCUAUGUCAAUGAUUAAGAAUCUUUCAAAGCCAGAUGAGUAUCAAAAAAUAGUUUGUAGAAAAUUUAUUGAAACAAAUAGGACACUUGCCUAUUGCCAAGGAGUCGAUUGCAAAAAAAUUAUAAAACCAAAAGAUUCUUCCUUAACUACUGUAACAUGUCCUUGUGGUACUCAAUUUUGUUUUAGGUGCAAAAAUGAAUUACAUCAGCCAGUCCCUUGUGAUAUGGCUAAAACUUGGGUUUCGGAAAUCACAAAGAAUGAAGCAAAUAUCAAAUGGAUUGUACUUAAUACAAAAAUCUGUCCCUUUUGUAAAAAACCAGUUUAACGAUCUGAUGGAUGUAAUUACCUUAUGUGUAAACCUCCAGGAGGUUGUGGAAAUGCUUUUUGCUAUGUUUGUAGCAACCCUUGGGAACCUGAUCACAAAGAUCAUUUUAAAUGCAGCAAAUACGUUCCUCCUGCAAAUGAUUUAGAAAAAGAAAAGGAAAUCUUAGCCAGAUAUAACUUUUAUUAUGAGAGAUUCUUGAAUUCCAAUUCAGCUGUUGAAUAAACUUAAACCAGAUUAAAACAACUGAGAGAAAAGCACAAUCAAGAAAUCUAAGAAAUAUAUGAAGUCACAUCUCUUGAAUUUGAAUUUUUGGAAGAAGCUCUCAAAGAAUUAGUCCAAUCUAGAUAAGUGUUGAAAUGGUAUUCUUUACAUUCUAUUUUGUAGGACUUCUUGUCUUGGAUACUUUAUCUCAUAGACCAAUCCUAAUUCAUCCAAAUUAUUCGAUAAUUAUUAAAAGGAAUUUGAGCAUUCCUGUGAAUAACUAGGUAUCCUAUGUAUGUAGCUUUUUAACGAACUAGAGAAAUUGCAAAAUCUAUUUACAAGGCAAUCAACCACAUUGGAACAGAGAAAAAAUGAUUUUUAUGGAAGAAGAGAACAAAUCUUAAAACUAUAAAAUAAAUGUUAUAAUUUGAGACGUAAUUUAUUAAAGGCAAGCGAAAAUGGAGAAAUUAUGAAUUGAUCUAAUAAAAUCUAUG